AUGACGGAUUACAAAAUCAGACCGGCUGUAGAGGAUGACGUUGAGGAGAUACUUCGGCUAAUACAAGAGUUUACGGAAUAUCUUCACGUCAAGAUACCGGAACAACUAGAGACGAUAUCUGAAAGACUGAGACGGGACGGUUUCGGCGAGCAGAAAUGUUUCGAAUACCUUGUUGUGGAGGAUACGACUGCAAAAACUGCUGAGGGCAAGACUGUGUUGUUGGGGUUUGCUUUGUACUUCUACACCUACGCUACACUGGUUGGACGUAUCAUUUACCUUGAGGAUUUGUUCUUGUCAGAGGCCUACAGGGGGCGUGGCAUAGGGGCAAAACUUUUCAAGACAGUAGCGCAGAUUGGUACCGCACAUAAUUGUCAGAAGAUGCAGUGGGUGGCGCACACGUGGAACAAACCGUCCAUAGAGUUCUAUAAGAAACAGGGAGCAGUGAAUAUGACUGAAAAAGAGAAGUGGAACAUAUUCCAACUGACCAGGCCGGAGUCGGAACAACUAUCUAAGAAACAAUAACCUAUUGAUAGUAAUGUCGAAAACAUUUGUAUACGUUUGAACUAAAACUUGUCUUGGAAGCUACUUCUAGGAGGAUUUUCCUGUUUGAAUUAUGAAGUUAAAGGAAACCAAAACUCGAUAUGUACUGAAGUAAAUAAAAAAAG